GAAUCGUCGCAGUCAGUUGACUGUUGUACCUGUGUGACCAGCCUGAAAUGACAGUGCUCUGUGUUGGUGUCCCGUUACACAUGUGGCUGAGUAGACUAUAUAAGCAGCGCAAUGCAAACCAAUCGUAUAAAUCAGUGUGUGCUGCUGUCUACCCUGCAGAAUUGUUUGAAGCGCGAGAUAGGCUGCUGCAGAUUUCAUUCCUUUCGGAUUAUUUGAAAAAGCGAAACAUAUUUUUUCAGCAAUAAUGGGUGUUAUGGUUUCGCAACUCUUCUCUCGUUUCUUCGAGAAAAAACAGAUGAGAAUUCUGAUGGUUGGGUUAGAUGCUGCAGGGAAGACCACAGUCCUGUACAAACUAAAACUUGGAGAAGUUGUCACUACUAUCCCCACUAUUGGGUUCAAUGUGGAGACGGUUGAGUACAAGAACAUCAGCUUCACGGUGUGGGAUGUAGGUGGUCAGCACGUUAUCAGACCUCUGUGGAAGCAUUACUACCAGAACACUCAGGGUCUUAUAUUUGUGGUAGACAGCAACGAUCCUGAGAGGAUAAAUGAUGCUUCAGAGGAACUGCAGAACAUGCUUGAAGAGGACCAGUUGAGAGAUGUAGUUCUGCUGGUGUUCGCCAACAAACAGGACCUUCCCAACGCCAUGUCUGUCAGUGACAUCACAAAUAAACUGGGACUGAGGAAACUUCAACUGAAUACUCCUUGGUUUGUCCAGGCUACCUGUGCGACCCAGGGUUCAGGUCUGUUGGAGGGACUGGACUGGUUGGCUGACCAGCUUUCCAAGCGCUAACUAGCUGAGUUGGCUCUGUGGCGACGUUACCCCUAGGUACAGGUCUAGGAUCAGCUUCACCCUGUAACAGCUGAGCCGAGCCCUCCUUAAGAACGACCAGGACACAAGGUUUACUCAAGAACAACCAUACAAUCAGAACAAAACUUAGAAGUGGCUUUCUGAAAAGUUUACGUUUCCAUUUUUUGGGGGGUAAUGCACUUUAAUGUAUUGCACAUAUUGUAACUUGGAAAGUUAUAUAAAAUAUAUAUAUUUUAAAUUAUCACUGAAUGAAUGUAAGCAGAUUCUUUAUCAACACCCCUGUAUUUAUUUCCUGACUUCCAAUACCUCACUACCUCUAAUAAAAUAAUGUGUUUAAAUGUA